GGUUGUGAGGAUCCUACUAGAGCACGGAGCAGAUGUGAACGCACAAGACGCCGACUCCAGAACAACACUGUACAUCCUGGCACUGGAGAACAGGGUAGCCAUGGCCAAGUUCCUCAUAGACCCAGGGGGGAGCGGAUGUAGAGGCGAGAGACUCUGAGGGCCGCACAGCACUUCACGUAAGCGCAUGGCAAGGACACAGAGAGAUGGUCUCCUUACUGCUAAGUCACGGACACGCAGACGUCAACGCUACAGACAACGAGCGCAGAACUGCUUUACACAGCGCAGCCUGGCAAGGACAUUACCACAUUGUUCAGAUACUGCUGGAGCACAACGCAGAACCCGACCACACUUGUAACCAGGGAGCUACUCCUCUCGGUAUCGCCGCACAAGAAGGCCAUGAGGAAUGUGUCAGGCUGCUGUUAGCUGUUGGAGCAAAUCCCAACCACUCUGACCAUUGUGGUAGAAACGCUCUCAAAGUGGCAGCUAAGAGUGGUCAUCAAGGAGUCGUCAGACUACUGGAGCAAGCUCAAGUCAAUGCUGGUCUGGGUCUGGGAGCUGUAGCCCCGCCACUCAUCUGUCCCAGUGCCCCGCCAUCUUGCUCACCAGAGUCCACCACCAAGCGGAGGUCUAUUGUGUCCAGUGAUAGCAGCAACCUCACCAACAGCACCAAGAGCUCUCUCAAAGAACAGUCUCAGCAGUCAUUUACGCACCAGCUAGAGAGAUGUUCGCGCAAGUCUCGUAUUCUGAGUCCUCUUCAGUCUCAACCUCCUAGUCCAAUCUACGCUUCACCUCCGGCCAGUCCUCCUAAUCCUUGCCAUGAUCAUUUCUCGAGGGACACGCACAUGAGGAUAAUAUUGGGCAGCUGCAAGGCUUCUCCGACACGGCCUGUGGCCGCUAGCAAGCCUAAGCGCAACGGCAUUGUGACCAAUCCUGCGCUUCGGAUCGUUCCAGCAAUCAAGAAUGGCCUAGAACUCGCUGCUGGCCGCAAAAUAAACAACGCUACAACCACAAACAGCUUUCAAUGGCGGAAGGAAACUCCAUUAUAGGAUAUGAGCAUUAUAGACUUGCUGACCUAGGUAAGAUUCCGUCGCCUAGCAGAGCGCAUACUUCUACCAAUAUACAUGUACAUUUAUAUAUAGAAAAUCAAACUUAAGUUAUAUUCGAAUAGUCCAUUUAUUUUUGUCAAAUAAAAUUUACAAAAUCAGCGUAUUUAUGGAGAUUUUGUAAUCAUUUGUAUAUUUUUAUUAUUUUUGUAUGUGUGUAAACCAGAUCAUUAUUUCAGGAUGGUAUCCCUAUAUACGACUUUUGUACUGUAGUAAUUUAAUGUGUUUGUAAGUUAUCAAUGUGUUAGUAUUGAUUGAUCUUUUCACUAUUCAUUCUCUCUAGUAAGUGUCAAAGUUUCUGUGGGAUUAGUCGAGUCUGAAGACUGUUGACACCAAUAAAUAGACUAUUCACUGAUUACACUUUACCGUAGUUGAUCAAAUCUGUGUCAUCCAAAUAUAUUUAUUUGAGAAUA